ACUGUCACUGUCAAUGACUGGUUAUGAAUAUAAAUGGUUGUGGUUUGUUAAUUUUCAAGUUAUAUUAGUGUAUUGUUAUAAAGUAGAUGUUUUAAACUUAGUAAUUGUACUUUUACAAAAAAGGCUCGAUCCAUAGGUUGAACAUUAAGUUGGAUCCUUUAUGACUACGUGAAGGUAAAUAUAACACAAUAAUGGCGGAGGAUCUACGGAAUUACAAACUGCAACUACAACAGGUGGAAGCUGCCUUAUUGACCGAUCCCGAAAAUGAAGAACUUCUUAAAUUAAAGACGGACCUAGAAGAAGUAAUUGAGUUGACUCAAGAUCUUAUAAAAACUCAAGAGGGUGAUAUCAAAGUUGAUAUUCAUAGUUCUAGUAAUAAUGAUAAUGUUGCAGCCUCCCCCCGGAGCGAUGACGACGAAGCCACCUUCAGUAGCGCUGCAACCAAGUGGCAUGUUGGAGAGAAGUGCCUUGCUAAAUGGAGAGCGGACGGCAUGUUCUAUGAAGCUGUUAUUGAAGAAAUUAAUAGUGAUACUUUGAAAGUAAAGUUUGAUGGAUAUACAACAUUAGAAGUUGUGUCCGUAAAUGAUGUAAAACUUGCAGGUCCUGGCUUUAAAAGACCCCACAGUGGUGAUGAAAGCAAACAUGUAAAAGGCUACAAUAGGGAAUACCUUAAGAAGAAAAAGCAGAAGAAGCAGCAAAGAUUUAAACAAAUCGAGGAAGAAAGAGAAACUGACAAAAACAAAUGGCUAACAUUCCAUUCUAAAGCAUCGAAAAAGCCAGGUGUGCGGACAAAAAGUAUAUUUGCAUCUCCAGACAAUUUGUCUGGCAGAGUUGGUAUAGGAACAUGUGGCAUAUCUGGGAAACCAAUGACUGAGUAUACCCCUGGAGAAAAGUGGAAGAAAGGGGGAUAAUGAAUGGCUUCACCUUUAAUAGUGUAAUUUUACUUUAAGUUAGGUAUUAUUACUGAAUAUAAUUAAAAUUAUAUUUUUUGCAAUUAUACUGACACAAAGUAUCUCUUGUUGUUCCAUUAUUUGGGCUUAAAAAUAUUUUUUGUAAAUAUUAAUCUUGUCUUUCAUUGAGCACUGUUACCAAAUUUUUUGAACUAUAUUUUUUAGAAUUUUUAGAUGUGACCUUCUUUUAAAAAUUUUAAUGCAUUUAGAUAUAUAGCUAGGAAUAUUUCACAAAUUAAUGCAAAAUAAAAGCAAUAAUAAAACUUGAGCAAUAAAAAUACACUUAGAAUAAAACUUAGUAAUGUUGUUAUUCUGAACUGUUAACUAUAUAAUUUUCAUCACUAAAUUAUAGUUAAAGUUAGACGAAGUGGCUUAUUAAUUAAUAAAGAAAAAAAACAGCAUUUACAUUUUACUUAAAGUUUUUGAGAUCAAUUUUAUAAAGAAGCUACUUAAAGAUGUUACAUAGGUUAAUGUUAGAAUUUUAUUACCGAGACUUUGAUCUGCAGUGAAGCUUGUAUAGUUAUCCCUCUCAUUCUUUCUGAAAAAAGAGAGACAACUAUAUGUUAUACAAGCAAAAUGCUUACAGCUAUGUAAAAAAUAAUAAAGAACGACAAUAAGAGUAGUCUGUCUAGUACAAAAUUUACAUUAAAAGUGAAAAUUAAACAAAUAGCUUGCGUUUAUUCAAUUGUAUCGACAAUACUAUUUGUUUAGUAAAUAAAUGAUUAUUUACUGCA